AUGUCUCACAGGGCUCGGCUCGCUGAGCUCAAAGCCCUUCGCGAGUCCGGCAAGAAAGCCUUCGAUACCUACAAAGUCGCCGAUGUCGACAAUCUAUACGACGAAGUUGACGAAGAUGGAUAUAAGAAGGUUGUUAGAGAACGAUUAAACCAGGACGACUUUGUGGUCGACGACAAUGGCGAAGGUUACGCAGAUGACGGCCGUGAAGACUGGGAUCAAGUGCAAGCCUAUGAUUCCCAAAGCGAAGAAGAGGCCGCCGUUCGUGGGCGACCCAGCAAGACUGUCAAGAAGAACCGCCAGGAGGAGCAAGCCAAACGAGAUGCCAACGAUCAAGAUAUCAGCGAAUUCUUUAAGGAUGUCAGCAGGAAACAGUCAAAGCCCAAGGUUGUCAAGACAAAGGCGGAUGACGACUUUCUUUCAAAUCUACUCGGCGAGGUCGACAGCAACAUUCCAGCACCUGCUCCUCAUAUUUCCAGAGUCGAGAGAUCUGGCGGCCGUCGCAAAGCAAGGGCACUUUCGCCUGCCCCUGAGCCCAUUCCCAAGAAGAAGAAGACCUUUGAUACCCGGAUGUCAUCCCCUCCGGUGCCCGCUGUAAACGACGAUGAUGGCUUCUUCCCUCCCGGCGAUGAUGAUCUCUUGGAAACUGCCGAUAUACCCAUGAGCGACCCUGCGCCCUCUUCACCCGCUGCAAAAGUCGCACAGAGAAAGGCCCAGGUGAAGCAAGAGCCAAACGAGGAUGAUGACGAAGACAUGAUGGAGGUUGCCCACGCCGGCGCAAUCGCUACGGCCAGUGUCAAUCUGGCGAGUUCACGGCCGAUCAAGAAGAUUCUAAAAGCAGAAUCGAUUCCUAAACCCGCAAGCUCCUCUCCUGUCAAGGCCAAUGGUGCUCAAGUCGACUCCACCUCAUGGAAUGCUCUUACCGAGAGAUUGAAUGUUGUCUCAAGCUCCCCGUCAGAAGCAAAGACUAUUGGCAAGAUUGACUACAAGGAUGCCAUUGAAGAAGACGGUAGCUUGAACUUUUUCUGGACAGAUUACACCGAGGUCAACGGCAACCUCUGUCUAUUCGGCAAAGUUCUUAACAAGAAGACAAGGUCGUACGUGAGCUGCUUUGUCAAAGUCGAUAACAUCUUGAGGAAACUAUACUUCUUGCCUCGCCAGCAUCGCCUAGAAGAUGGUGAGGAGACAGGUGAAGAGGUUGAGAUGAUGCACGUUUAUGACGAAAUCGAUACGUUGAUGACCAAGAUGAACGUGGGCAUGUACAAGAUCAAGGCUUGUACGAGAAAAUAUGCCUUCGAACUUCGCGAUGUUCCCAAAGAAGCCCAAUACAUGAAGCUGCUGUACCCCUAUACUAAACCAGAAGUCAACCCUGACAGACGCGGCGAGACCUAUUCUCAUGUCUUUGGCAGCAACACUGCUCUCUUUGAGCAAUUUGUUCUCUGGAAGAACAUCAUGGGCCCCUGUUGGCUCAAAAUCGAGGAUGCCGACUUCGACAAGCUCAAGAACGCCUCCCACUGCAAACUCGAGGUCCUGGCUGACCACCCCAACAUGGUAUCCGUGCUGAGCGAAUCCGACAACCUUGAUGCACCCCCCCUGACUCUUAUGAGCGUCUCACUACGGACUGCUUUCAACGAAAAGGACAACAAGCAAGAGAUUCUCGCCAUCAGUGCAAGAAUAUACGAGAAGGUAUCCCUCAGCGACACCACACCUGCGGAGAAACUACCGUGCCGAACUUUCACUGUUAUCCGCCCAUGUGGCCAAGCGUUCCCUAUGGGCUUUGACCAAAUUGCAAAGAAGAGAAACCGUGGCUUAAUUGUUUUGAAGAAGCAAGAAGCCGAUAUUCUCGCUUUCUUUUUGGCUCAGGUUGACGUUGCAGACCCAGAUGUAAUUCUUGGGCAUCAGUUGGAGGGCGUGGACUACAGUGUGCUUCUCAACCGUCUUCAUGAGAAGAAGAUUCCUGGAUGGUCCAGGUUAGGCAGGCUCCGCCGUACACAGUGGCCAGCCUCUAUUGGAAAGGCAGGUGGCAAUGUUUUUGCUGAGCGCCAGAUUCUCUCGGGGCGUCUCAUGUGUGAUCUUGCCAAUGAUGCCGGAAAGUCGGUUAUGCUGAAGUGUCAGUCGUGGAGUCUGACAGAGAUGUGCAGCCUAUACCUUUCAGGAGACAAUCGACGCCGUGAAUUUGACAAUGAAGUUGCUCUGAAGACUUGGACCAAGGAGAAACAAGGCCUUCUAGACUACAUCACUCAUAUGGAGGCAGAUACAUACUACAUUGCAGCCCUGGCGCUAGGUGUGCAGAUGUUGCCUUUGACCAAGGUUCUCACCAACUUGGCAGGAAACUCAUGGGCUCGAACUUUGACCGGAACUCGUGCAGAACGUAACGAAUACAUUCUACUCCAUGAGUUCUACCGCAAAAAGUACAUCUGUCCCGACAAGCAGACUUUCCGCAGCCGCCAACGUGCCGAAGAAGCACAACGCGAGGAGGACGGAGUUGAAGGAAAGAAGAAAGACAAGUACAAGGGUGGUCUGGUCUUUGAGCCAGAGAAAGGUCUAUACGACAAGUUCGUGCUUGUCAUGGACUUCAACUCUCUUUACCCGUCCAUUAUCCAAGAGUUUAACAUUUGUUUCACGACCGUGGACAGGCCAGCGGUGAAGGAUGAUGAGGACGAAGUCCCUGAGGUGCCUACGCAACAAGAUCAGGGUAUCCUUCCCAUGCUCAUCGCCACUCUAGUCAGUCGCCGUAAACAAGUCAAGAAUCUCAUGAAGGACAAGAAGGCGACACCGGAAGAACUGGCCACGUGGGACAUCAAGCAGCUUGCCCUGAAGCUGACUGCCAACUCUAUGUAUGGAUGUUUGGGUUACACCAAGUCACGAUUUUACGCUCGACCUUUGGCCGUCUUGACAACUUUUAAGGGUCGUGAGAUUCUUCGCAGCACCAAGGAGCUCGCCGAGAGCAAUUCUCUGCAAGUUAUCUAUGGAGAUACUGACUCGGUCAUGAUAAACGCCAACGUGGACAAUGUUGCCGACGCAUUCAAGGUUGGCCACACUUUCAAGGAAGCCGUCAACAAGCAAUACAAUCUGCUUGAGAUUGAUAUCGACAACGUCUUCCGUCGCAUAUUGCUCCAGGCCAAGAAGAAGUACGCUGCCAUCAACCUCGUAGAGAAGGACGGGAAGUUUAUUGAGAAGAUGGAAGUCAAGGGUCUCGAUAUGAAGCGUCGAGAAUACUGUGCCCUAUCCAAGGAGAUCUCCCAGCACCUUCUGAACGAGAUUCUAUCUGGUGAUGACACCGAGGUCUCCAUCGCCAGAAUCCAUGAAUACCUGAGCGAGAUUGCUGGCAAAAUGCGAGAGCAGAGUAUUCCUGUCCAUAAAUACAUCAUCCAUACACAACUUGGAAAGGCGCCCAAGGAUUACCCCGAUUCCAACUCUAUGCCCCAGGUUCAAGUCGCUCUUCGUGAGAUGGCAAAGGGCAAGACAGUUCGCAAGGGUGAUGUUAUUGCGUACGUGAUCACAGGUGACAGUAAGAGCUCCGAGCCUGCUCCCAAGCGAGCCUAUACUCCCGGCGACCUCAAGGCAGACUUUAGUCUACUCCCUGACGUGGAGUGGUACAUCGGCAAGCAGAUUUUCCCGCCUGUUGAGCGUCUCUGUGCAAACAUCGUUGGUACAUCGACCGCACAGCUGGCGGAGCACCUUGGUCUUGACAUCAAACGUUACAGUUCGUUCCAGACGCAGCAGAACAGCUCCAGCAAUGACCUUGAGAUACAUCCCUUAGACUCUCAGAUUCCCGACGACGUUCGCUUUGGUGAUUGUGCUCGCCUAUCUCUACGUUGCCGAAAGUGCAAGACAUCAUUCGCAUUUGAAGGGCUUGCUGCCUCCUCUGAUCAAGUGUCCCAAUCGGGUGUCAACUGCAGCUCUUGUGGUACUUAUAUAUCUACGCUCUCUAUCGUUGCCCAGAUGGAGCAGGCUAUACGUACUCAGACAAGCCGAUAUUACGAGGGCUGGCUGGUCUGCGACGAUAGCCAAUGCGGUAACCGUACCCGUCAAAUGAGUGUCUACGGCUCUCGUUGCCUUGGACCUAAGGGACUUGCACGGGACUGCCUUGGUCGAAUGCGCUACGAAUAUACCGAAAAGGCAAUCUAUACCCAGCUUCUCUAUUUCGCCAGCCUCUGGGAUGUAGACAAGGCAAAGACCAAGGCCACGGCCACCGAAAUGUCUAGGCAAGACCGGGAAAACAUACUGGCACUAGCUGAACACAAUCGCGUGCGCUUCGGAAAUGUCAAGGGCGUUGUUGACAAAUAUCUCGAUAAGUGCGGACGACAAUGGGUAGCCAUGGAUACUCUAUUCACCAAGUUGGGUUUCAAGCCUAUGGCAUAG